AUGGCGUCUCUGAGGAGCCUCUAUGGGUCUGACGACCGCCCGGAGCUCAACACUAAUUUCAACGUGGACUAUGUGGUGCACUAUCGGAUUCCUCCUGAAGCAGAAACUGCCAAGGCCGAAGCCGCCUUUGUACAGCUCAUCGAGGCCCUCGCAGGUGUCGGUCUGGCGACAGAGGUCCGACGGGGUGACAACUCAUCCCUGCUAGUAUUCGUCAAGAUUGCAUCUGAAGGCCUGCUUAAGCAGCAAAUCUACAGGUACAGGGUCCAGGACUGGCUGUACGGCGUUCGCACCUCGGCACCAAGUAAAGACCUGACCUCCUAUUUCGAGGAGGAACCUGUGGUUGAGGCCGAGAGGCUCAGGCUGGUCUACCUCCUGAUCACGAAGCCGAAGGCCGAGGGCGGUGCAGGUGUCACGCCCAAGAUUGGCCAAUGGAAAUAUGUCAGCUCUGUAUUCCCCCUGCAUAACCACGUCUUCAACCGGAACUGGAUCAAGCAAUGGAGCACAAAAUACGUACUCGACGAGAAUGACAUCAACGAGAUACGAGACAAGUUCGGCGAGAAGGUUGCCUUCUACUUUGCCUUCUUGCAGUCGUACUUCUCCUUCCUCUUCUUCCCUGCCGCAUUCGGCUUCGGCGCCUGGCUCAUCCUGGGUCAGUUCUCCAUGUUCUAUGCCGUGGUGAACUGCCUCUGGUGUGUCGUCUUCUUCGAGUAUUGGAAGAAGAAGGAGGUGGACCUGGCGGUACAGUGGGGGGUUCGUGGUGUCUCUCGGAUCCAGCAUCGUCGGCCACAGUUCCAGUUUGAACGGGAAACCCAGGACCCCGUCACGGGAGAGGUGAUCAAAGUCUAUUCGCCUUUCAAGCGCCUUCAGCGCCAGCUUCUGCAGCUACCAUUCGCCAUUGCUUGUCUCCUGGUCCUUGGCAGCCUGAUCAUCUCUUGUUUUGCAAUUGAGAUCUUCAUCUCAGAAGUGUACAAUGGCCCGUUCAAGCAGUAUUUGAUUUUCACGCCCACCGUUCUUCUCACGAUUUUUAUGCCGGCGUUGACUGGGGUUCUCACAAACCUCGCUGAGAAGCUCACGGGGCUGGAGAACUACGAGACGCAGGACUCGCAUCAAGCUGCAUUCGUGCAGAAGAUCUUCGUUAUCAACUUCAUUGUGUCAUACCUGCCGCUUUUCCUGACGGCAUUCGUAUACGUGCCCUUCGCCAAGGUGCUGGUGCCGCACCUUGACGUCUUUCAGGUCACCGCCCAGAAAUUCACGAAGAACGGGAAGGUAGAGACGAAAGACUUCCAGAUCGAUCCCGAUCGGCUCAAGAAGCAGAUAAUCUAUUUCACAGUCACGGCCCAGGUCGUCAAUUUCCUCCUAGAGGCUAUUGUACCCAUCGUGAAGCGAAAGGUUUUCAAGGCUGUCAAGGAAGUGCAGGAGGAGAUCACCCAGAAAGAAGGUCAGGAGAAGCGCGCAGAUUCCGAGGAGGAGACAGCAUUUCUGGAACGCGUACGGAACGAAGCCGAGCUGGACGAGUACGACGUGACAGUGGAUUACAGGGAGAUGGUGAUUCAGUUUGGCUACCUGUCGCUAUUCUCGGUAAUCUGGCCUCUGACGGCUUGUUCUUUUCUUGUCAACAACUGGGUCGAGGCUCGUGCAGAUGCGAUGAAGAUUGCUGUGAGCAGCAAGAGACCGAUUCCCUGGAGAUCUGAUUCCAUCGGACCCUGGGUGACCUCGUUGGGCUUUCUCUCCUGGCUGGGGAGCCUGACGAGCGCUGCCAUUGUAUUCAUCUUCAGCAGCGAUCCGUACGGUCCUGAUGGUCAUCCAUCCAACAUCAAGGCGUGGGCCUUGCUUCUGAGCAUCCUCUUUGCAGAACACCUCUACCUGGUUGUCCAGUUUGUUGUUCGGUACAUGAUCGGCAGCAUGGACAGCCCUGGGUUACAAAAGGAGCGAGCCGAGCGUUUUGCCAUGAGGAAGCUGCACCUGCAGGAGACCUUGGGAGAAGAACUCGCCGAGAGUGCAGCUGCGGCAGACUUUACGGGCGGCGAGAAGAUCACGAGGGAAGCACUUGAGGAGGAAGCCCGGCGAGCCUCGGUCUCUGGUCGGACAGCACCAGGGCAGGCGUUCUGGCAACGACAGCGCGGCGCUGUAGAGACUAUUCAGAUCGGGCGAGGGCUCAUCUCCGAGGCGUCUGCGGCGAACAAGACAAAAUCACAGUGA